CCAAAAAAAAAAAUAAAGUGAAAAAGGAAAGUUAGGAGGUUAACAUCAUUAACUCAUUUGACAAAGUGAAACCAUUUUUCUUGGUUGCCCACUAACCCUAAAAACUUUCCUUCUCUCUUUUUUUUCUUUCUUUCCUUUGGGUGGCCACUAAUACAAGCUAGCCAUUCCUUUUUUGUUUUUGCUCUCUCUCUCUCUAAUGCUAGUGGUUGUGUCUCUCUUUCUUUGCAGUUAUGAACUUAUUUGAUGGGUUCAUACAUGUUAGCAGCUAAAACAAUAUAGGUAAAAGUUUAGCAUAGCAUGGGGAGAGAAUGAGAUGGAUCACAAAGAAAUUAACAAAGAAAGCCCAUCUCUUCUCUCUAACCAUACCACUACAACUACUACUGCUACUACAAUCAAAGAAGACUCUCCAAGAAAACCAUUUGCUAGUGGUGGUGGCAGUGGUGUUGUUGUUGGUGGUAGUAGUGAUAGGUUGAAAAGAGAUGAGUGGAGUGAAGGAGCGGUUUCAAGCUUACUUGAAGCCUAUGAAAGCAAAUGGGUUCUGAGAAACCGAGCCAAACUGAAGGGUCAUGAUUGGGAAGAUGUUGCUCGCCAUGUUUCGUCGCGUGGCAACUCUACAAAAUCCCCUAAGACACAGACACAGUGCAAGAACAAGAUUGAAUCCAUGAAGAAAAGGUACAGGUCUGAGUCUGCCACCGCUGAUGCCUCUUCAUGGCCACUAUAUCCACGUCUUGACCUUUUGUUGCGCGGAAGUGGACCAGUUCAAGCUCCACAACCACCACCGCCACCGCCUCCGCCACCACCUCCUCCGGCUAAUCCUCCUUUAAUGUUAUUAGAGCCGUCACCGGUAGUAGUGUUGCAACCACAACCAGCAGCAGCAGCUCCAGCUCCACCACAAGUUGGGGUCACUCAAAACUCUCAUGGAUCCAAUGGUGUUGAUAGGUUGGCUAAGGAAGAUGGAGUAGGAACCAAAUUAUCUGACCAAGUAUCUGACAAGAAUCAUUUGGAGACAGAUAGUAGCACACCAGCCCUUUAUAACAGUGACAAGGACAAGUUAAGGUCGAAAAAAAUGAAGAUGAAAAUGGAAAAGAAGAAGAGGAGAAGAAGAGAAGAAUUGGAGAUAGCUGAGAGCAUACGAUGGCUAGCAGAAGUAGUGGUGAGAUCAGAGCAAACAAGGAUGGAUACCAUGAGGGAAAUAGAGAGGAUGAGAGUAGAAGCCGAGGCAAAGAGAGGAGAAAUGGAUCUUAAGAGGACAGAAAUUCUUGCUAAUACUCAAUUGGAGAUUGCUAGGCUCUUUGCAGGCAUUGGCAAAGGUGUUGAUUCUUCAUUAAGGAUUGGAAGAAGUUGAGAGGAUAAUUGGAAGCUAAUUAUUAUAUGUAUAGGCUUGGGUAUUGACACUGAAAAGGGAAAAGGAAACUUUUGGAGAAGAAAGUCUUGAGGGAGAUAUAACUAGUACUAAUGGGACUAGUGUUUUAAUUAUUAAGAAUCAUAUGGUAGGUAAAAUAACAUCUCUAUCUCAUUGUACUAUUGUUCUCUUUCUCUAAGCAAUGCAGUGUUUCUACACAGAAAUUGAAGUACAUGUUAUUAACUUCAUACUUAAUGAUUUUUAAGCACAAUGACAUGAUUAUGAUCAUGGAUAUGCCCUAAGAGUGUAGAACAAAAGUACAUUGUAUCAUUAAGAGUGUUUCACUUUAUGUUACACUAAUUACAAUA